UAGGUGUCGAUUUGAUGGCAAUCUCGAAGAUACCUCUGGCUCAGCAACUCGGAUGAUUAUGGACAAAGAAGGAGAAAAACUAUUAUCUCUUACUGCAGCAGAGAUUUACGAAAGAGUUUCAGCUGAGAAUGAGAACCUGCCAGUGGAAGAUUUCCAAAGCAAAUUUGGCCAGAAGCUGUUCAGAAUUCAAGUAAAGAAACCAUUUGGCCAUGCUUCAUCCACAUCAUCUUCAAAAUUGUAUAUCCAGUCAUGUGUUGAAAAGGAAAGCAUUAUUCAUUCUCUCCCAGCACCAGCCACUACCUCAAUAAAUAUCAGCGAAAGCAAUAAAAGGAAAAAAGAAUAUGUAUCUUCCCAUGUUACAAAAACAAAGCUGCCAACCGAACAAGUUGUUUUGCAGGAAAAUCAAGUGUUUACUAUAACAUGCUCAAUUUUUGGCUUGUACAUAGAUUUCCAGUGACUUCUAUUGUCAUGGAAUAAAG